GUGUGUCUGAUUGAGUCCAGUACAAGUAAACCGUACUUCUUCCUCUCUGUCAAACAAUUAAAAACAAUGUGAAGGGAAAGACCAGAAAUUCCUUCCUUCUUUACUAAAUUCAAGAUUCAUGCACAGAAUGAAUUUACCUGCUUGCUUGAAAGGAUGCACUUGCGAACGAGAAGCAUUUAAUAACUGCAAAGGACAUUUGGAUUACAGUCCAAUGCAGCACAAAUCCAUCAUGUCAAUGACCAACUUAAGACAGAUGAUGCCACCAAGUAAAGUCCUACCAGACAUGUUGUUCUUUGAAGAUUCCAGAGAAAGAGGUUAUGACUGCAGAGAAUGUGAAAGAGUGUUCAAAUCAGAGGAGCUACUGCAAAAGCACCUCAGAAACCAUUCAGAAAAUCGUCCUCACAAAUGUCCCCACUGUCCCAAAGGCUUCAAACAACCAAGUCACCUGAGCCAGCACUUGAGAACACACUCAGACGAACGUCCAUUCAUAUGUACGGUUUGCAGUAAGGCAUUCAAGCAGUCGUGCCAACUAAAACAGCACAUGCGAUUGCACACUGGAGAGAAACCUUACAAAUGCCCUCAGUGUGACCGUGGCUUCAAACAAGCAAGUCAACUCAAUCAGCACUUCAGGCUUCACACUGGAGAAAAGCCAUACAAGUGCAUGGUGUGUUACAAAGCAUUCACCCAAGCCAGCCAACUCAGAUCACAUAAGAAGACACACGAGCCAAAACCUCAACGAAAGGCAACUACUUAUAAUAACAAGACAGCCAGUUACAAAACCAAAUUGCUUCAUCCUACGCAGACCUUAACCAGUACAAUGUCUUGUUCAACUGCACCACCUACACCAAGAAACAUGUUUUAUUCCUCAACUCGGCUUGGUUCAUCGUUUAGUCUAAAAGAUAUUGAUCUACCAACUGAAGACUCCAUACAUGUUGUGCAACUGCCAGUCACCCAUCUGGGUUUGCCAUACUCAAGCUGAAUUGAUCUACAAACACUAAUAGAUUUAAGUUAAGUUAAAAUGAUUGUUGAUAGGUAGAAUUGACUAAACACACUGUAUCUUGCUUUAACCAAGUCAGUGUGUGACUGUGUAGUUGCUAAAGAUAUUUUUUGUUAAGGUGGCUGCAAUUGCUUCAUUUAUAAACAUGCAGUGUUUGGCUGCUAUUUACCUCACAGUAAUACUUGGUUUUCAUAUGAGGCACUCUCCAGUCCAUCUGCUGUGCUAGAAGGCCUCUAAGUAUCGUUUUAAUCUGUUUCUAAACACUGAAAGAAUCUCAAUUUUUCUGGUGUGUUUCAGUUGUUUCAAUUUUUCUAUCGAGAUUUUUUGGGUUGCAAAUAGUCAACAAAAUAGACGUCAAUUCACUCUGAUUAAAUACGACUUAUAUAACUUGAUAACCUGUUGGAUUAAGCUACUAGAACCGAAAAAAAGAGCAAGUAGUUUUUAAAUAGUAUUAUAGUGUUGUAAAUAGAUGUGGUUGUAGAUUUAAUAUGUGGUCGAUCUAUCAAAAAAGUCAAACAAGGUUUGAAAAUUAAUGUGAAAAUAGUGAAUUAAAUUUGGGCAAUUUUGACCACAUUAUUUUAGACAUCUUGUAAAACAAGAUAAGCUUUCUAAUAAAGAAAGUACGUAACACAA